AUGAAUUGAAUUUUUAUGAAAGAGGUAUGAUAACUUUUAACCUUACCUCAAUAGUUUAAAAAGUAUUUUUAUUUGGAGUUUAAAUAUAAUAGAAAAAUUAAAAAAAACAUUUUUCUUUAUGAAAUGAAAAAUGAUCACAAUUCUGUCACUUGCAGUGUCUUAAAUGUGCAGUCACUGCCAAACUUGUUUCAUUACAUAUAUAUAUGUACAUAUAUAUAAACAAUAGUGUGGGCCUUGAUAUCCAGAAGGACAAUAGAAACCGGCUGUUAUCUGGCAUGGAGACCUAUAUAUAUAUAUAUCUAUAUAUAUAAUAAACACAUACAUGUACAUAUGUAUAAAUGCUCUUAUUGUCAAGUAUCCUUACACAGAUUUCUCUAUCUUAAUAGGAAUGUUAAUCGGUCACGGAUUCUGAACAUCUAAGAAAAUUCUAAAAUCUAAUAAAAAAUAUAUUUACCUCUGUAUGCUCAUUAUACAUUUAUUUACAUAAUUAUCAUCUAAAUGAAACACCAAUACUAAACGACAAUAAUAUAAAUAGACUGAUUAAAAAUAAAUUAAUCAGAAUUAAAAAAAACAAGAAAUGACAUGAAUAAUAAUAACUUGUGAAUUAAAUUAAGUGACUUAUUUUUUAAAAUUUGUUUAAAGGAUGUCACUGCAUCAUAAAUAUUACGUGACAACUGUACCGGAAGAGAACGGCUUCAGAAUGCCCCGCGCAUCAGUAGUACACAUGACAUCGACCGCAACUCGACCCCAGCAUCUAUCUCAGGUGCUGGCGACAUUGGCACUAUCAAUGGGCACACUGUCAUGCGGACUAGCUAAAGGUUAUACGUCACCAGCAGUAGACUCAAUCCUGGAUAGCCAGCCGCACCUCUAUCAAUCAUCAGGGAAUGACACUUGGUGGGCGUUUUCAGCGACCAAGCAGGAAGCCUCGUGGGUGGCAUCGCUCUCGAUGUUGGGUGCGGGGUUUGGCGCCAUGAUCGGUGACUGGAUAAUGCGACGUGGUCGGAGGCUUGCUCUCCGUCUUACGUCCUUGCCUUUAGCGGCUGUUUGGAUCCUUACUGGAAUAGCGCCCUGCGUUGAACUUGUCUUCACAACGAGCUUUAUCGGCGGGCUUUGUUGUGCGGUCAUCACAAUGGUUGCCCAAGUUUACAUAUCCGAAAUAUCAAUGCCGGCAAUCAGGGGCUGCCUCUCGGCGAUGUUAAAAGUCGUUGGGCACGUGGGCGUACUUUUUUCAUACAUUGCUGGUUCCUACCUCAAUUGGCGUCAAUGUGCCGUUGUUGUUGCCAUUGCGCCGACAAUGUUAUUUGUCGGUACUCUUUUUAUUCCAGAAACCCCAUCAUAUCUUAUACUUAAUGGCCGUGAUGAAGAAGCGACGGGUAGUCUUAAAUGGUUACGUGGAUCUCACGUUGAUGUUCGACAAGAAUUACAAGUCAUCAAGACAAACGUGCUGGCGUCACGGGCCAAACAAUACGAGCUGACAUUUCGUAACAGCGUAUUGACACCACGUUUAUAUAAACCUAUUGCCAUAACAUGUGGGUUGAUGUUUUUUCAAAGAUUUUCGGGUGCUAAUGCAUUCACCUAUUACGCAGUUAUUGUAUUUCGACAAACAUUAGGUGGUAUGAGCCCACAUGGAGCAACAAUUGCUAUUGGUUUUGUUCAACUUCUUGCAUCAUUACUCUCAGGCUUCUUAAUAGACAUUGUAGGAAGACUACCACUCCUGAUAGCCAGUACGGUAUUCAUGUCACUGGCACUGGCAGGAUUUGGUAGCUAUGCAUACUACAAUUCAGUAUCACAAAAUAUGAUUGAGAAUUCAACGACAAUAGGACAACACGACUGGAUACCCCUACUGUGUGUCCUGGUGUUCACAACUGCCCUUGCGCUGGGCAUAUCGCCAAUUUCGUGGCUAUUGAUUGGUGAGCUCUUCCCGCUCGAGUACCGUGGCCUCGGCUCUAGUAUCAGCACUAGUUUUAGCUACUUCUGCGCGUUCUUUGGCAUCAAACUCUUCAUGGACUUUCAGCAGUUACUGGGUCUUCAUGGUGCAUUUUGGUUCUAUGCUGCCGUAGCGGUAUGUGGAUUAUGUUUCGUGGUAUGUUGCGUACCCGAAACAAAAGGUAAGCAACUGGAUGAAAUGAAUCCAGAUUACGCACAGGCACGGUAGUACAAGGCCUCCCUCACUGGAGGGCUUUCGAAUUUAGAAAAAACAAAUAAACCACUGCCAAGUGGUGCUUAUCCAAACGAACAUGAUCCCCGUAAGAUUUACACCCCUAAUUUAUUAUCAUCAACGACAGGAACAAACGUGGGAUCAGGAUUUGAAUCAGGAUCGGGAUCUGAUUUUUAUCCACAGUCACUACGUGAUCAAUUGGCCGGUAUUACCAGGUCUAAAUCGUCACAAAGACGUUAUCGCUUAACUCGUACAUUAACAGAUUAUUGUGGUAUUGUUGUUGAAAAAACUGGACGUAUAACACGUAACGUUGGUAAUUUCAUUCAAACUCACAGAUUAAUACCCAAUCGUAAUUAUUUUAAAAGAACUAAUAAAAAUAUAAAUCAUGAUAUUAAGCUACAUAAUUUUACAAAUUACGCUGAUUAUGAUACACAUAUUGAAGAAUCCAAUACAAGAUUCUUUAAUUCAACGCAUGAUCAAUGGAGCCAAAUGAAUUUUGUCGUCAAUUCAAAUAUUGAGAGUGAAUAUCAUCAGGAACAAAAUCAAACGGUUUUUAUUAAUGAAAUAGAAAGUAAUAGUAAAUGGUCUCCGGAAUCUCAACGUCAAAGACAACAAAUUACACGAUUUAAACAAAAUGAUGUUGAAUUUUUUAGGCACGGUAAUUUAAAUUCACGAAUGCUCUACUCAAAUUUACCGAGAUCCAGUAGAUUGCGUAAUAAUUAUUUUGAUGGGCAUUUUAAUAAUUUUAACCGCAGUUUAACUAGUGCCAAGAGUUUACAUGACCUUACAGAUGCGGAUAUUGAUAGAGUUUUAGAACGCGAUACAACUUUUCAUUUGCCGACUAGUAUUAUGAGAACAAGAUCUGAAUACGGGAGCACUGGCAGCAUGUCACUGUUGGAAAGAUAUCGACGGUUUUAUGAAGAGACCGAGGAUGAUCGUGAUGAUAAUUAUUUAAAGCUGUACCAGAGUCUGUCAAAAUUAGAUCGCUUUAUGCCGAAAGAAAAAUACGUCCCGGGAAAAGUGCAUUAUGAACGCGAAUAUCGCAUUUAUGGCAGAGAUACUGUCGCACUUAUUUAUUAUAAAACAUGUUACUUGUGAUGAUGGUAAUUUUAAAUAUUUUAUGUAAUUAUUAUUAUAAGUAUUGUAAUUUUGCAGCUUUUAUUUUUGGUCCUUAGAAAUUUAAUUUCCAAAAUUCUUCAUAUUUUUUUUUAGCACAUUUUAAAUUAAGAUAACUUGUAAAAUAUCAAGUUAACAUGAAAAUUUAUAAGGACUUUUUUUGGUAGAGAAUGUAGUUCUCUACAAAAAAGUUAUCGAUAAUUUUUUUUGUAAAUUUGAUACUUUAGUCAUAAUUUAAAUUUGGACUCAAUCAUUCAAAGUUCUAAUUUUUUAUCUCUAAUAUUAUAAAAGUAGAUCUUUGUGUUAGAAUUCUGAUUAAACUAUCAAAAAUACGAAAAAAAUGUAUAAGAACAAUCUUGUAGGAAAUUCAAUUUUCUACAAAUAAUGUCUGCAUGAUUUUUUACAUUAGUUAAGUAUUUAUUGAUGAAUUUUAAUUUUUUAAAUUUCUAAUGAACAAAAAUAUAAAAGCUCGCAUAAUUAUCGAAUCUUUUAAAUGAAUAAUUUGAAAAAAAAUUAAACGCUGGUCGUUUUAACGAAUAAAUAAAUCGUUUGUUUUUAAAUAUGCUCAUCGUUGACAAUUACGUCCACAAUUAUUUGAAUAAUGCACAAAGCAAAAGAAAAAAAAAAUAACUGAACCGGAUAUUAAGAAAAGGACAAAAUAAAAAGAAAAAAAAACUAAAUUAGAUGAUUUAAAAAAAAACAAUAAAAUAUUUUCGCUUUAGCGAAAGGCAGAACUUCCAUACAUCGUGCCUUCCAUAAACAAAAAAUGACAAUAUUAAAAAAAAGAAAAAAGAACUUUAUAUUAUUAUAAAUAAUAAUAAUAAUGAAUGUUAAGUGGGCGUUAUAUCGAGAUUCGCGUGAGUCUAGUCGUAAAAAAUUUAAUAAAAUAUUAAAAAUGUAAUUAAAUAUUAUGGGACUCAAUAGUAAAUGAUUUAACGUUUGAAACUCGUAUUAACGACUUACUUAUGCAGGCCGAUGACUUAUUAAUGACAAUACAUUUAGCUAAAUAGUCUAUCAAUAAAUUAUAUAUGAUAAUUAAAUAAUUAAAAAACAAAACGUAUAUAUUUCAUAUAAAAAAAAUUAGAUAUUAGUAUAUGAAUCGAAUGACAAUACCAAUUGCCAAAUUUGAUAAAUCAAAUAAAAUUUGUGUUUAAAUGACAAUAUCAAAAUUUUCUUAAACGAAUUUUUAACUGCCAUUAAUUUAUUUUUUUGUGCCUUUAUGUAGUUACUUAUAAUUAAUUUUAUAUUUUAUUUUAUAAAUUUAAUAACUUUACUUAAAAGAGAUCUACUUGGAGAUUUUUUAUAAUAAAUUGUUUAUAUCAAUAGUUGCUCAUAUUUAUAAAUAAUAAGUUAUUAAAGAGAAUGGUGAGUUGCCCUCCGCCGAUUUAACGUGCGGUCGCGGGUUCGAAUCCACCUCGGUUAUUUUUUAAAUAAAAAUUAUUUAAACCUAGUAAAAUAUUGUUUUUUUUUACAGUAGAUCUCUUUAUCAGGUACUUCAAAUAAUAAACCUGUAGUGAAAAAUAUAUCACGAAUCAAAAAAAUAUCUAAACUCAAAAUAAUGAAAUAAAAUUCAUAUCGACAAUUAAUCUAAAUCUUUUUUAUAGAAUCUCGUACUUAAAAAAAAAAUGAAUAAAUAAAUAAAAUAGAUAAAUUUGCAUUUAUUGAUAUUAAUUAGAGUUAAAGAUAUAAAAAUAAAUAAUACGAAAUAAAACGCAUGAAUUAUUUUAAAUGUAAAUAAAUAGAAUUUUUAUCUAUAUACCUUAUCUUUAUGUAAUGCUCAAGGGCUUGGACGCAAAUAAGUAAAAAAAAAAAAAAAAAUGAUAAUAAGUUAAAUAUUUAAUAACGAAGAUUUAAAAAAAAAGUGUCAUAGGCACGAUAAUAAUUAAUUUUAUAAUUAUAAAAUGCAUCUGAUCCUAGUAUUCCCAAAACAUUUUUUUUUAACAAAAUCCAUUUGCAUAGAAAAUUUGUAAAAUUAAAAAUAAAUAAUUUUUUAAAAUUAAAUUAGAGAUAACAAAAAUCUGCAUGAUGCACUUUUGUGAAUUGAAUCGAAAUUUUAUAAUAAAAAUAAUAAUAUUAAAAAUUUAAACCAAAUGUAAUAUGAUAUGAUGGAUUUACAUAACUCGAUAAGUUCAAUAAACAAAAAAAAAUAAAUAGUUUAUUAACGAAAGUUUACUCUAUCGUCGCUUUAAAAUGGAGUUGGGACUAUUACCAGACAAUAAUUAAUCUAUUUAAUUUUUUUUAAACUAUACUAGAGUUCGAAAAUUACUUUUCAAUCAUUCCUUAGCUUGAUUACAAGUCUAGAUGCUUUAAUAAGAAUUAAUUAAUUAAAUUUAAAUAAAUAAUUUCUAUAAUAUCAAAUUACAAAGACGACUCUCUUCAAUUUUAAAAUAUUAUUGUUAAAUUAAAACUUUAAUUAAAAUGAAUAAAUAUUUUUUCUUACUAUUUAAGUGAUAAAAUACUCAGACUCUAGUAUAAUUAAAAAAUUAAAUAAACAAAAACCUAUCAAAUAGAAAAUAGAAAAAAAUUCCGAGCUUCUAUACUUUAGACUUAAAUUCUAAGUAACUUAAAAAAAACCUUGACAAUAAUUAUUAAUUAUGAAUAAUAUCAUUGCAUUUAUUAUUAAUUAUAUAAAUAAUUGAAUGGUGUGCUGGUCACGAAUUAAAAUAAACAAGGAUAAGAUUUAAACGAAAGACGAAAGAUAAAUGUAUUUUCCAAACGAUAUUUAAAUUUAAUUAAUUACAUAUAUGUAAUAAACUAUAUAAGUAAAUGUGUAUAUAUAUAUGUAUACAUAUAUAUUGUCUAGCUUCGCUUGCUAGUUUUAAUAUUUUUGUAAUGGAGCAUAGUCGUAGUUUUUAAAAAAAAAUCUGAAUUAUUUGAAUUUACUAUUUUAAAAUUUUAUUACAGAAAAAAAAAAUAAAAAAUUUUAAUUUUUAAUAUAAAUAUUAAUUAUUGACGUGAUUAUAAUAAUUAUAACUAUAAUUAUAAUCUAAAGCAACACCAAAAAAAAAGUAAAGAAUUCAAAAUUAUAAAUUUAUCUUUGAGUAGCACAAAAGUAGUACCGCCGGUCUAUUAAAUAAAUAUUUUGAUUAUGAUAAACUGAAAGUGAAUGUUUGUGACUUAUAUUAUUUGCCAGUAUCGUUAAUUAUUUAAUAAUUGAUAAUUUAUUUUAAUUGUACUUAAUUAAUGAAUACAUGAAUCAAGGAUUGAAUGAUUAUCAAUUUUUGGGUAUAAAUGAAUUUAAAUUUAAAUGAAAGAAAAAUAAAUAUAUUGAUAAUAGAUAAUUAUUUUAAAAAAUGUGUACUGUAUUGUGACAUGUAUAGUAAAGUA